AUGUACAACUUACCUUGCUCCAGUUUAAAUGCCAAUUCACCAUUAGAAGAAACGUCCAUGGAUUUUGAACUCACUGAUCAACAACUGCUUAUUCAACAAAGCGUGUCCAGGCUGUGUGCCGACUAUCCGGAUGAGUACUGGUCGCAAAAGGAUAAGGAUCAUGAGUUCCCCUGGGAUUUUUACGAUGCCAUGGCUGCCGCAGGGUGGUUAGGUAUUGCCAUACCGGAAGCUUACGGCGGCAGUGGUCAGGGCAUCACCGAAGCAAGCCUUGUACUCGAGACCAUUGCAGCCAGCGGCGCUGCGAUGAAUGGGGCAACGCCUAUCCAUCUAUCGAUAUUCGGCAUGCAUCCUGUGGUGAAAUACGGCACGGAAGAGAUGAAGCAGAAGUAUCUGCCUGCGGUGGCCAGUGGUGAUCUGCAUGUUGCCUUCGGCGUCACCGAGCCCGAUGCAGGUACCGAUACCACAUCAAUCUCAACGUUUGCCAGGUUAGAUGGCGAUACUUACACGGUUAAAGGUCGCAAAGUCUGGACCACCAAGGCAUUACAGUCCCAGCGCGUACUUCUGCUGGUGCGAACCACCCCCAAAGAUCAGGUCGAACGGCGAACCGAUGGGUUAACUCUGUUGUUGGCUGAACUGCAGCGGCCGGAGGUGUCGAUAUCACCCAUCGAUAAACUGGGUCGAAAUGCAGUGGCAACCUGUGAGGUGGUGUAUGACAACCUGCCGGUACUGGUGACCGACCGGGUCGGCGAAGAAGGGAAAGGUUUCCGCUACAUUCUCGAUGGUUUAAAUGCGGAACGGAUACUGAUUGCAGCAGAAGCGUUAGGCAUCGGACGGGCAGCUCUGCGACGCGCUGUGAAUUAUGCUAACGAAAGAGUUGUGUUUGGUCGACCAAUCGGUAAGAACCAGGGUAUCGCGUUCCCAUUGGCGGAGGCCAGAAUGCGUCUGGACGCUGCGGAGCUGAUGAUCCGUAAAGCCAGCUGGAUGAUUGACCAGGGCCUGCCCUGUGGCGCUGAAGCCAAUAUGGCGAAGUGGCUGGCGGCGGAUGCUUCUUUUUUCGCGGCCGAUCGUGCCAUGCAGACUCACGGCGGGUUUGGCUAUGCCACUGAAUACCAUGUUGAACGCUACUGGCGUGAAGCGCGGCUGAUGAAAAUUGCUGGAGUUCAGGUUAUGGCCAGAGAGAUGCUUCUGUGUGCGUUUGACAUGAAUUGCGUAGGCCACCAAUCCCAGGGACUGUGGCGCCACCCGCGGGAUCAUUCUGCAGAUUUCAACACCAUGAAGUACUGGCAGGAUCUGGCUCGCACGUUAGAGCGAGGUUUGUUUGACGGUAUUUUCCUGGCUGACGUGACAGGUGUUUACGAUGUUUUUGGUGGGUCACCGGAUGCGGCUCUGCGCGCUGCCACCCAAGUGCCCACCAACGAUCCCUUUACCAUCGUGCCGGUCAUGGCGUCUGUGACAGAAAAUUUGUGCUUUGGCGUAACAGGUUCCAUCCCCUACGAGCCACCCUACAGUUUCGCAAGAAAAAUUUCGUCCCUUGAUCACCUCACUUCGGGACGUAUCGGCUGGAACAUUGUUACUGGUUAUCUUGAUAGUGCCGCUAAAGGGAUUGGUCAGGAUAAGAAAGAAGCGCACGACACCCGUUAUGACAUCGCGCAUGAGUAUAUGCAGGUGGUUUACGCCUUGUGGGAACGCAGCUGGGAAGAUGGGGCGGUUCUGCGGGACCGUACAAGUGGGGUCUUCACAGAUCCAGAUAAAGUUCACCGCAUCGAUCACGAUGGCAAAUACUUCAAGUUAAACGCGAUCCACUUAUGUGAACCAUCACCCCAGCGUACGCCUGUGCUUUUCCAGGCAGGCACAUCACCGAAGGGGCAGGCUUUUGCAGGCAAGCACGCGGAAUGUGUGUUUAUUGGGGGUCACAAUGCUGAGCAACAUGCCAGAUCUGUUGCCAGUCUGAGGGCACAGGCAACGGCGCAUGGUCGGGAUCCGAGCGACCUGAAAAUUUUCGGCGCAAUAACCGUAAUUGUUGCGCCAACGGACGCGCAAGCAGAAGAAAAACUGGCUGAUUAUAAAAGCUAUGGUCUCAACGAGGGUGCGCUUGCACUGCUUUCAGGCUGGACCGGAAUGGAUCUGUCUGAAUUGGAUAUGGAUGCCACCGUCCAACAGGUUGAAUCCGACGCUAUUCAAUCUGCCUUGUCCGCCCACGGUAGCGCGACGGUCAGAGAUUGGGCUGAGGACCUUACCGUUGGCGGCGCAGGUCCGAUCAUUACGGGUUCGCCGGAAACCAUUGCCAACAAGCUGGAACAAUGGUUUGCAGUGUCGGGUCUUGAUGGGUUCAAUCUUGCUUAUACAGUGAUGCCUGAGUCGGUAGAAGAAUUUGUAGAUCUUGUCAUCCCGGAGUUGCAGGUCGCUAUGUUGGCUACGACUGCGAUGGCUGCAUUUGCUGCCAAUUCAGUGCUGUGCCGUAUGGCACUGCGAGCAGAGUUGAUUGACCCUGCCUCUUUCACCACGCUGCGGCUGUUUGCAGGCACCCUUUGCCUGCUUUUCAUUGUUGCUGUUCGCAGCAAAAUGCGCGGAACAGAUUGGCGGCCUGCAAAACCCGUCUGGAAGUCUGUGUUGGCGCUUAGCGCCUACAUGCUGUGUUUCUCCUUUGCUUAUCAAUCGCUAAGCACAGGUAGCGGCGCGCUGCUUUUAUUCGGGUCUGUCCAGCUCAUCAUGAUCAGCACUGCGAUUAUUCGCGGCGAGCGCUUAUCAAUGCUUGCCUGGGUGGGGAUAUCCGUCGCAGGAAGCGGUCUGGUGUACCUCGUUUCGCCGGGAAUCCAAGCGCCCGAGCCGAUGUAUUCCGCACUUAUGUUGGUGGCCGGGCUGGCCUGGGGUGCGUACUCUCUUUUUGGUCUUCAGGGUGACGACCCAACAAGCGCUACGGCAAACAACUUUCUUUAUGCAACCCCUGUUGCGCUUCUCGUGAGCCUGAUAGACAGCAGCAAUAUGCAUUUAACCUGGCCAGGCGGGCUUUUUGCCCUAGCGUCGGGUGCGCUGGCGUCGGGUGCCGGAUACGCAAUCUGGUAUGCAGUCCUGCAACACAUCAAAGCAACAACCGCCGCAGUGAUGCAACUAUCCGUACCCGCUCUGGCGGCUCUGGGUGGCGUGCUGUUGCUGGCCGAACCGCUGACGCUUCGACUGGUACUCGCUACGGUUCUGACUCUGGGAGGCAUUGCGCUUUUCCUCAGGCAACAGCCGCGUGCCUGA